CUGCUGAGACCUGUACCGGAAAAUCUCGUGAGACAUUUAAUAGAAGACUGCUCAGCUAAGCUCUCCUUAAUAAUCUAUCCCUGCGGGACGACUGAAUCUUUGCCGAAAAGCCUCCAGAACCACAACUGUAGGCCCAAGAUUGUGGUUUAGGAACCUGAUCAGAAUCAUGGGGAACAUUUUCGGGAAUUUGCUGAAAAGCCUCAUAGGGAAGAAAGAAAUGAGGAUUUUGAUGGUUGGGCUUGACGCUGCAGGCAAAACAACCAUCCUUUAUAAGCUCAAGCUUGGGGAAAUAGUGACCACAAUUCCAACUAUCGGGUUUAAUGUUGAGACAGUGGAAUACAAAAACAUCAGCUUCACUGUGUGGGAUGUGGGUGGGCAAGACAAGAUCCGUCCCCUCUGGAGACACUACUUUCAAAACACGCAGGGUCUAAUCUUCGUGGUGGACAGUAAUGACAGAGAGCGUGUAAAUGAAGCUCGAGAGGAGCUGAUGAGGAUGCUGGCUGAAGACGAACUGAGAGAUGCAGUGCUCCUUGUUUUUGCCAAUAAACAGGACCUACCGAACGCCAUGAACGCUGCUGAGAUUACAGACAAAUUGGGCUUACAUUCUCUUCGUCACCGCAACUGGUACAUCCAGGCCACCUGCGCCACCAGCGGAGAUGGCCUCUAUGAGGGCCUUGAUUGGCUGGCCAAUCAACUCAAGAACAAGAAAUGAGAAGAAAACUGGCCAGCAGACGCACACGUCCAGGUUUUUCUUUCUUUUGAGAAUGGAGGGCGCAGGUUGGGUACGAGGGGUCUUCGGUUGAAGGACACAUAGGAAGAUUCUGGCACAAGACACUGCAAACAGAUUCUCAUGUUCAUAUUUACCCACACACACACACACACACACACACACACACACACACACACACACACACACACACACACACACACACACACACACACACACACACACACACACACACACACACACACACACACACAGAUACACACCAAC